GCUGUAUGCAGACGCGAGUGAUCUUGUCUCCCCAACCCUCCUUUUAGGACCCCAACUUGUAAGCUGCCGGUCGAGCCUUGUUUAUUGGGCAUCUUGACCUACCGAGCGACCGCGAUUUAUCCAUCAUCUACUUACCAAGUCAUCAAGUUCCUACAUAUCUGCACAUACGCACACUCCCUCCUCCCCUGAUCUGCGAGCCGGGCCGCUUUAUGUCACCCGCGUAUAUUUCAUAGUGUGUUUGAUAUAUCGAGGCCAAACCCGCUGAGUAAAGCGAGAAUCCUUGCUCAGUCCUUAGGUUUCCCGUUGUCUCGAUCGACAUCCCGGUCCACUCUCCGAGCUUCUACAUGCUAGUACAAGAUACAUACAUCGGUGAAGGCCCGACCCCAGACGGCACAGAAAACGCAUCUAAUUAUUAGUUUCCCUAAUAAGAAAACAUGCCCGCUGUCAAUCUCCCUCUGCAGCAGACCCACGGUACCUUAUAUAUGGUACCGGGGACCCAUCUGCGGCUCUUGUUCACCUUCUUGGGAUUCACUUCCCUCGGUGUACUACUACUAGUGUUUAAGAAAUAUAAGUCACAUUCCCCUUCCUACACUGGUCAGCUGGAUGCCAGCCCUACUACUCUUCAGAAACUUUGGAUUUCAGAGAAGUCACGCGGAAUCGUCUUCCAGAACGAGAUCAUGUCAGUGAAUCAGUCCCCAGGAGUCUCACAACUGUCCUCAGCUGGGAACUUAAGCGAAGGGGAAAAGAAACAUCAGGAUAGGUCCAAAAACCGAAAAAGCAGCGAGGGGCAUCAGGAAAACAUGACAGCUUCCGUGAGCAUAGACGCAGGCAUGCCACUGAUCCUUAAAUCUGGCCCACCGCCACCGCCGCCGCUAACACCACCUACUCUCUUGACAGGGGCUUUUAGUUUUCAGGACCGCCGGCUAAGCAUUGCAGCUUCUAGCAUGGGCGAUCUAGAUACGAGCUUCUUCCAGCAGCCGAACCCGGAUUACACAUUGUCACCCUCGCCAGAGUCUAGCACAACCGCGUUAGCCCACGGUCAAGAUUCUCCCUAUAUUCCACGGAGAAGGUCUUACACAAAGAUGUUGCCUCUCGGACCAGCGCAUACAGACUCGGAACACGAUGGGGCAUCUUUCUCUCCUAGCUCAUUCCCAUCCUCAAGCCCAAUCUUACCCCUUGCGCCACAUGAAUCGCUCGAUUCUAGGGAGAUCGAUGUCAAGGGCGAGAUUAUCUCAGUAAUGGACGAUUCGGGCGCCGGUUGGAAGCGGCAUACACGAGUAUACGGCGGAGGUGUUUGCUUAGCUUGCCUGGCUUCUGGGAGCCAGGGAGGAUUCUAUGGCGAUAAUGUUCCCCUCGAGCAUCGCCGUUAGCCAUCGGGGCCCCCGGCGAGAAAAUAUGGUCGAGUUUGAGUUCCCAACAAAAAGGAACGCCAAAGACUCGACUCGUCCUAGAAUAUCAAGGCGUGAGCGGCGUCCCGGAGGAGCCGGAGGAGUUCCGACGGUUUUUUCUUUUCGGUCGUUGGCCACGCUAGGAACUACGACGCGUCUACCCCGAGCUAGGACCGAGAUAUUCAUUCUCUAAAACUGUCUGGGCAGCAUUUCUACAUCCGAAGUGAUUUUGGCAUAUCAUUUUUCUCACUACUACUUUGGGCGGCUAUACUUUUAGGGGAGAAAAGGAUAUACCUGCUUUGCGACACUGGUUACUGGGAUUGGGGAGAACGGUAUUAUUUUACUCACGUCUGUUAUGACCAUUUCUUUGUUCUUUUCUUCCGUCCAUGUAUAUACUUCCAUGUCUCCCGACAAAUAAACUCCGCAACUCCGCGUCGUUUAGAGUCAUCAGCUUGCAACAUCUCCCACGUCGAUAAAAGUACCAU